CAACCAAAAAAUGUUACUGCACUUGAUCAUACAAUCGUUCUUCAUUACAUUGGUACUUGCUGACGAUGAAAAACCUGAUUACUGUGAUCCAAAAUGGUGUCCUAACCAAGGCAAACAUAUUGCCUGCAAAAAUGAUGGAUCAUUCGGAAAAAAAUGCACUGGCAAAUAUUGGACUGAAAAUUUAGAUGACUAUCAGGAGUUAAUAUUGGAUCUUCACAACAACGUGCGCAAUAAAUUUGCCCUUGGAAAGGUGCCUCGUUUUAAGUCAGCUGCUAGAAUGCCUGUUUUGAGAUGGGACAAAAAAAUGACAGAAAUGGCAGAACUCAAUGUAAAAACUUGUCAUUUUGAACAUGACGAAUGUCGAAGUACCGAUGAUUUCCCAUAUUGUGGGCAAAAUAUUUAUUUUGCUCAAACAACUUAUACGAAUUACACAAUGGAGGACUUUAUAAAAGAAGCUGUUGAAUUGUGGUUUUUGGAACAUAAGGAUUGCAAUAUGGACGUCAUGGACAGCUUUAUAGUUACUGACCCUCAAACUGGACAUUUUACAACACUGAUGACAGAUCGGAAUGAUCGUGUUGGUUGCGGAUACAUGCAAUCAAUUCUUCAAAGACGAUUCAGGAAACCACUGAUAACUAUAAUAUUUUCAUGCAAUUAUCCAUCAACAAAUAUUGUUGGCAUUCCAGCUUAUAAAUCUGGUGAAGUAGCUUCAUUAUGUACUAAACCUCAUGAUAUUUAUAAGGGUUUAUGUUUUGAAAAAGAAGACAUCGAUCCAAAUAACUUUGAUUGGUAUUUUGAUUAA